CCCACUCGCCCAACAAAAGUCCAAACUCUCUUCUCGGUCUUCGCCUUUUCUCUCUCCAGAAGAAAGCUCAAAGCUCCAAAAUUCCAUUUGAAUCGAAGACUGAUGACGAGAAGCUAGUCGACAGAACCCCUGAUAAUAUUACAGCCGAAUUUAAGAGUGACCCAGUUGGGUUGGUUUCUGGUAGAACUCGAUGGAUAACAAUAAUUGGAGACCUACUCAAGGUGAACCGGCCAUGCCCUCCAUGCCUACUAUGGACAACAGCGAUUGGAGGAGCCAGCUACAGCCGGAUUCCAGGCAAAGGAUCGUAAACAAGAUAAUGGAUACUUUAAAGAAGCACCUCCCAAUUUCUGGUCCAGAGGGGUUACAAGAACUAAAAAAGAUUGCUGUAAGAUUUGAGGAAAAGAUUUACACUGCUGCCUCAAGUCAGUCAGAUUAUCUACGGAAAAUAUCUCUGAAGAUGCUGACAAUGGAGUCAAAAUCUCAGCCUAAUGUUGUGCCUAAUUCCUUGCCAUCAAACUCUGCUGGUAGCAACCCGAAUCCUGUGGAUCCAGCAUCUCAAAGUAUGCAAUCCCAAGUGCGCAACCAAGGGCAGCCACUACCAAUUUCCAUGCCUAACCAGGCACGACAGCAGAUGCUGUCCCAGACUGUUCAAAAUAACAUUGCACCUGCUGGAGUACAGAACUCUUCUGGUCUUUCAUCUGCACAUCCAUCAGUUUCUGGACUAUCUCAAAAUACCGUGCCAAAUGUUGGUGGACAGAAUUCCAACUUGCCAAAUAUGUCAGGCAUUUCACAGAACUCGGUAAGUAAUCCACUGGGACAAAGUGUAACUUCCAAUAUGUUUGCCAAUUCACAGAGGCAGAUGCAAGGCAGACAGCUUCAGCAACAGGCUAUUCCCCAACAGCUCCAGCAGCAGCCUCAAAAUCCACAGUAUAUUUACCACCAGCAGCAGCAGCAAUUGCAGCAGCAGUUUUUGAAACAGAAGAUUCAGCAGGGAAAUUUGCAGCAGCAGCCUCUUAUGCAACCACACAUCCAACAGCAGCAGCAGCAGCAACAGCAACAGCAGCAGCAGCAGCUGUUGCAGCCAACUCAGCUGCAAUCUUCUCAGCAGUCUCUUAUGCAUAUAUCAUCCAGCCUACCAUCAAGCCAGCCCCCUCUUCAGCAGACACAGUCUUCUGUUAUUCAAUCAACUCCACACUCGUCUCUCCAACAGAAUCAGCAACCUUCUAUUCAACCAUCUACUGCAUCAGUGCUUCAGCAACAUCCACAGUCAGUUCAUAGGCAACAACAACAACCACAACAAUCACUACAUCAACAGGCUCCUGUUCUUCUUCAACAGCAAACACCAAUGUCUCAGCAGACACUGUUAUCAUCUCAGCAACAACAGCUAAUAGGUCAACAAACAAAUGCAACAAGCAUACAACAGAAUCAGCUGGUUGCACAGCAAAACAGUGUCCCAGACAUUCAGCAACCACAGCAACAGCAACAGCAACCUCAACCACAACCACCACUGCAGCAGUCACAGCAGCAGCAGCAACAACAACAACAGAGGUUGCUUAGCCAGCAAAGUAAUCUGUCUAACAUGCAACAGAUGGGCUCACAAAGUAAUGUUUCUGGACUACAGCAGCAGCAGCAGCAACGGCAACAGCAAUUGCUUGCAUCCCAAUCUAGUGUUUCGAACAUUCAUCCAAAUCAGCACUCAGUCAACAUGCUCCAACAGGUCAAGGUUGCAACACAGCAACAAGCAAACCAACAGACGCCAGCUGUGUUGUCAUCCCAAGGGCAACAAUCACAACCGCAGCCACAGCAGCAGCAAAUAAUGUCUCAUCUUCAACCACAGUCGGGACAAAUACAACCACAAAUUGGGUUGCAGCAGCAGUCCAAUCCAUUACAACGAGAUAUGCAGCAACGGCUUCAAACAUCAGGUGCCCUGCUUCAGCCUCAGAAUGCAAUUGAGCAGCAGAAGCAAUUAUUCCAAUCACAAAGAAUGCUUCCAGAGGCUUCAUCAACAUCAAUUGAGUCCACAGCUCAGACAGGACAUGCAAAUGCAAUUGAUUUGCAAGAAGAAGUUUAUCAAAAGAUAAAGUCUAUGAAGGAAAUGUACCUACCAGAAAUUAAUGAGAUGUAUCAGAAGAUUGCUCUCAAAUGCCAACAGAAUGAUUCUCUUCCACAGCCCCAAAAGUCAGAUCAUGUUGACAGACUCAGAAUGUUCAGGACCAUGUUGGAGCGCAUUAUACAAUUCUUGUCGGUGGCCAAAACUACUUGCUUACUUUACAAGGACAAGCUGCCAUUGCUUGAAAAGCAAAUUGUUGGUGUCCUUAAUACUAACAGGCCCAAGAAGCCUGUUCCUUCACAGCUGCAGGGGCAGCAGCAACUUCAGCCACCUGGUGCCCUUUUGCACUCCAUUCAGCCACAGCAACAGCAACAGCAGCAGCAGCCACAACCUCAAAUUCCUCAUCUAAAGCAGCAGCAGCAUGACAACCAAAUGCACCCCCAAGUGCAACCAAUUAACUUACAAAGUUCUGUAACAUCAAUGCAGCCAACUUCUGUGCCUACUAUGCAACAUAGUUCCAUUCCCCCGGUAUCGAAUCAUUUGGCAGUUACAAAUGCACAACCAAAUGUAAUGACUUCCUUACAGUCUAGUUCUAAUUUGGAGCCGGGACAAGGAAAUGCACCCAAUUCAUUGCAGCAAGGUGCUGUGGGAUCCUUACAGCAAAGUACCAUGAGCACAACCCAGCAGACAAACAUUACCACUUUGUCACAAAGUAGUGUUAAUACGUUACAGCCCAGUAUUGGUUCUCUUCAGCCAAAUACUAAUAUGCUCCAACACCAGCAUCUGAAGCAACAACAGGAACAACAGCUGAUACAGUCUCAACAACUAAAGCAACAAUUUCAACAACGACCAGUACAUCAGCAGCUGCUUCAGCAACAGAAGCAACAGAUACUACAACAGCAGCAACAGCAGCAGCAGCAGUUCCAGCAGCAGCAGCAGCCACAGCAGCAGGUACACCAACAAAAGCCACAACAAAGUUCGCAGUUGCCAGUACACCAAAUGCCACAACUUCAUAUGAAUGAGGUUAAUGAUUUGAAGGUUAGACAGGGCAUGGGUGUUAAACCAGGAAUUUUUCAGCAGCAUCAUUCAGCAAGUCAACGCCCAGCAUACCACCAACAACUAAAAGCAGGUGCCUCAUUUCCUAUUUCUUCUCCUCAACUCCUCCAAGCUGCAUCCCCCCAAAUUUCUCAGCAUUCAUCUCCACAGAUAGACCAACAAAGUCUGCUCUCAUCUCUUACAAAAGCUGGAACACCAUUGCAAUCUGCAAACUCACCUUUUGUUGUUCCUUCUCCUUCCCCUCCCUUGGCCCCAUCUCCAAUACCAGGUGACUCCGAAAAACAGACGUCUGCUGUUUCUUCACUCUCAACUGCAGGAAAUAUUGGACAUCCACAAACAUCUGUUGCAAUAGCUCCAGCUCAGUCUCUUGCAAUUGGCACACCAGGGAUAUCAGCCUCUCCCUUGCUUGCUGAAUUUACUGGUCCAGAUGGAAAUCAGGGUACUGCAUCCACAAUGAUUUCUGGGAAAUCCGUUGUGACUGAGCAGCCUUUGGAGCGCUUAAUUAAAGUGGUAAAAUCAAUGUCAACUAAAGCACUGUGUGCUUCUGUCAGUGACAUUGGUUCAGUUGUCUGUAUGAUUGAUAGGAUAGCAGGAUCAGCACCUGGUAAUGGAUCUAGAGCAGCAGUUGGUGAGGAUUUGGUGGCUAUGACCAAGUGCCGUUUGCAAGCAAGGAACUUCAUCUCACAAGAUGGAAGUUCUGCAACAAAGAAAAUGAGGCGUUACACAAUUGCUAUGCCCUUGAAUGCUGUAUCAUCAGCUGGCAGUGUAAAUGACAGUUUCAAGCAGCUGAAUGGGCUUGAAACAUCUGAUUUGGAGUCAACCGCAACUUCCAGGAUCAAGAGACCCAGAGUUGAGGCCAACCAUGCUCUCUUGGAAGAAAUCAGGGAGACAAACCAGCGGUUAAUAGAUACUGUUGUGGAUAUUAGUGACGAGGAUAUUGAUCCGACUACAGGGGCAGCUGUGGUUGAAGGUGGUGAGGGUACCAUUGUUAAAUGCUCCUUCAGUGCUGUGGCUCUCAGUCCAAACUUGAAGUCUCAGUAUGCUUCAGCACAGAUGUCACCGAUUCUACCAAUACGGUUGCUUGUUCCAACAAAUUAUCCGAAGUGUUCCCCUAUACUAUUGGACAGGUUGCCAGUUGAACUGAGCAAAGAGUAUGAAGAUCUUUCAGUAAAAGCAAAGUCAAGAUUUAGCGCAUCCCUUCGCAGCCUUUCACAACCAAUGUCACUUUGGGAAAUGGCAAAGACUUGGGAUAUUUGUGCUCGUGCAGUAGUUUCUGAAUAUGCCCAGCAGAGCGGUGGGGGAAGCUUCAGCUCGAGAUAUGGUACUUGGGAGAACUGUGUCAGUGCCUCUUGACCAUCUUGUAUCCUUAUGAUAUUGGUUCUGUUGUGUAUGGGGCAAUGACUUCAGGGAAGCAAUAUAUGAGAUUCAUGAUAGCUGCUCUUGUUGCCAUGCACUCAACUAAUACCCAAGUGAUUGCCUAGGCAGAUCUAUGGGCUAAAAGGACUAUAGCACGGAAUUGUAAGCUGUAGAACAUGUGACAAUAAUGUUUCAGAUUUGGCUCAAGGGUACACACAAAGAUUUGGGUCAAUGCCAAUGUAAUACUUUACACUUUACAGCUUUUGAUAGUGCCAGAAAUCUUCAUUGUAAACUGGGCUAGCAUUGGCAUUUUAUCCGAAACUGCCUUUUGUCAGAUUGUAUGUUUUUUAAUACAAUAUCUUAUCUGGUUUAGCUUGUACUCCGGUUGUACAGUUUCAUGUUUUAUCUCAAGUCAGACUUAUUGAUUGUGUU